AAGAGUCAAGUGGAAAACAAAGGUCGCGAAACCACACAACGACACGACCACAGCAACUUGCAUGGUCAAAAACACAUCAGAACCGAUUUUCAGCGCUGCUUACACCAGUCUAUACCAAACCUGCAUUGAUCCUCCCAAAUCACUCAACUGUUCGCAUAACAAUUCUUCUUCCGAGUCUGAUUGACACAAGCUUCACUGUCGUUACGAAAACAAACCCUCACAAUCACAAUGGAACCUACCGGUAACCAGAACUCCAACACACCAGAACAAGACACUAUGACGCCCAGACAAGACGACGAAGGUGCUGGCGCCGAGCAGCCCUUUCAGCCACAGAGGCCUGCUUCUCCCAGCGCUUCUGAUGAAGCUAUCCCGCCUCCUUCUCUCAGUCGCAACAGCACUAGUAGCGGCAUUUCUGUGGCGGUGGGAUUGCCCGUGUUUCCCUGCGAACAAGAUGAUGCUGCCAUGGCUGCAGCCAUGGCUGCAGCACUCCCUCUGGACCUCCAAAUCUCUCCUGAUGACUGCCUCCCACUCGAUCUCGACCAAGACGAGCUUGCCUUGAACCUUGCCGGGGCUGCCUUGUUUGCUUCUUAUCAAGACUACAUUCCUCCCGUGGACGCGUUUCCUACUAGUACCGACGAGGACUACAACAUGUACUAUGAUGUGUACCAGGAACAUCAGCAACAAGAGCAACUUCAGCCACACUCAUCAACGUACACGGACGAUUUGGCGUGGAACCUCAUGAACUCUCCCUACUACGAAGGCUGCGACAGUCCACCACCGGAGAAUGACGAACUGGCAUGGAAUCUGAUUCGACAGCUCCGGAUGGUCCUCUUGACAUUUUCCAGUUCACAAGAACGAGAAGGCACACGAUCCUACUAUCGCAUGACACCGGCCGAAGUCAAUGACGAAAUGUUUCUAACACGGGCGCGGUCCUUGGUCCAACUGUGCCGGGAACGAGGUGGACACGCCAAGGUCGAUUUGGCCGUGCGACACAAGGGCGCAUCCAUCACGGAAGGAUGGGUCUAUGUCCGACACAUGUUGACUAGCAGUCGUCAACCUGGACUCAAGGUACGAGCACCGGGGGCAUUGUCCUUGAUCAAGUUUACAGUCCAUCAAGAAGACCAGGAUACCUGGGAUUUGAUGCAGUGUCUCCAAGAUACCAUGGAACAGAUUCAAGCCGUCAUGGUCGAAGCUCUGUCCGAUCAUUGCGAGGUGCUUCCUCUCAUGAGCACGGAAGAACUCUGGACGCGAGGAAACCAAAUGCCAGAGGUAUCCGGUGCCGGGUCGGAACUUCGUCUGGCGGUGGAACGAGCGGAAUGCUGGAAGAGGAAUCGUCUAGAAGAAGAAGACGAAGUCCUGUCCGAAGAAGAAGAAGAAGAGGAUGACCUCAAGGACAGCCACAAGAUGGAGGAGGACAGUCAUGCGGAAACAGCUGACAAUACCUCUUACUAUGCAGACUCGGACGAGAGUGUCGAUUUCGAAGAAGAAGAAGAAGUGAGCUGUGCUUUGACAGCCGUCAGCGAUGACUACUCGGAAGAACCAUGGAGCCCCAAGAAGGAAGAGCCAAAGGCCAUGAAGGAUGAGGAGGGUGUGCCAAGGCGGGUUGUUGCUCCCUCCACAAGGCGCCGCCGUCAAAGAUUCAGCAUUGUCAAUGCCGUUUGCAAUGCUUCCCUUCGAUUCGCCCGCGCUGUGGGGUAUGCGAGACGGACACAAGCAAGGUCCUCUCGACGACUGGAUUACAACUCAAAGGGUGAUCUGGGCUAACUUUUAAAAACUUUGUUGAGCAACACACUAUUUUAGAGCCGUACCGGUACUUCUACAUGUAGCCUGAUGGGGUGGUGGCCAGUGCCAGACUAGCUAGCAAGCAAGCGCUAUAAAAAGUUUAACUAUCCAUGCUGUCAGAACAUCCAU